GACACAUUUCUAUAAAUAACUGUGCUCAGUGAACAUAGAGACAUCAUACACCAAGUCAAUUCUACGUAUUUAUACCAACACGAAUCUUGAUCAACAAUAUUUUUGUAACACUUUGUCCCUAACCCCUUACAUUCCCUUUUGAGAGUUGAUUUGCGAUGUCAGGAACAAAUGUUGAGGAAAACACCAACCAGAUAAAUAAGGCAUUGAGUGCCAUCCACCAAAAGAAACCAGAGUUUUCCCAGCCAGACUUUACUGUUUAUACUGCAGAUGAUGGAACAAAGUAUUCCACGAUAGAACGAGCAAUUUCUACUGUGGACCCACCAGCCACUUUCAAGCCUAGCCAUGACCAAUUAUACCUUGCUGAUGGGAAACCUAAUUGUGCUUUCUUGAAGGACCAUUUCUUUCAUGAGGGAAGAUUGCACGAGGCGGAUGCAAUUUCCAUUGUUAAAAGAGCUACCGAGUUGUUGACUGCUGAGCCCAAUUUGCUUCAGGUUCCAGAACCAGUGACUAUAUGUGGGGACAUUCACGGACAAUACUAUGAUUUGAUGAAGUUGUUUGAAGUCGGUGGAGAUCCUAAAUCUACCGCAUACUUGUUCUUGGGGGACUAUGUGGAUAGAGGCAGUUUCUCUAUUGAGUGUUUGAUUUAUCUAUAUGCACUUAAGCUCAAUUAUCCCAACACGUUUUGGAUGUUGAGAGGGAAUCACGAAUGUCGCCAUUUGACGGAGUAUUUCACGUUCAAGAACGAGUGUUUGCACAAGUACUCCGAAGAGUUGUAUGAAGUGUGUUUGACUUCAUUCAAUGCCCUUCCCUUGGCUGCGAUUAUGAAUAAUCAGUUUUUCUGUGUUCAUGGAGGUAUAUCCCCCAAACUCACCAAACUCGAUGACGUCAAGGAAAUUAAUAGAUUUAGAGAACCACCCACUAAAGGAUUGAUGUGUGAUUUGUUAUGGGCCGACCCAAUUGAAGAUUAUGAUGAUGACGAAUUGGAUAAGGAUUUCAUCAACAAUGCCGUGAGAGGAUGUUCGUAUGCAUUCACAUAUCGCGCAUCAUGUAAGUUUUUGCAAAACACGGGACUUUUAUCGAUUGUUCGUGCUCAUGAAGCUCAAAAUGCCGGGUAUAGAAUGUACAAACGAACCAAAACCGUGGGGUUCCCCUCCUUAUUAACUAUGUUUAGUGCACCAAACUAUUUGGACAGCUAUAACAAUAAAGCUGCGGUGUUGAAGUAUGAGAAUAAUGUCAUGAAUAUUAGACAGUUUAAUGCCUCGCCCCAUCCAUAUUGGUUACCUCAUUUCAUGGACGUGUUCACGUGGAGUUUGCCAUUUGUCGGAGAAAAAGUCACUGAUAUGUUGGUAUCAAUUUUGAAUGUAUGUACCGAAGAUGAGUUGGAGGAGGAUAUACCCUAUAGGGAAUCGCAAAUUGGAGUGUUGCCAAGUGAACUUGCUACCUUGGCUCAGAAUGCUCCACCACCACUGGGAGGUAUCCCUGUAGCUGGCAUGGAAGUUGAAGAAGAAGCUGAGGAAGAAUCGCUUGCAGCUAAGAAAUUGGCAUUGAGAAAUAAGAUUAUUGCCAUUGGUAAGAUGUCGAGAAUGUUCCAAGUGUUGAGAGAGGAACAGGAAAGUGUGGCUCAUUUGAAAGAGUUAAAUCGUGGAACAUUACCCAAGGGUAGUUUGUUGCAUGGUCGUGAUGGGUUACGUCAAACGCUUAUGACUUUUGAAGAGGCCAGAGCUGCUGAUUUAGUUAAUGAGGCGUUACCUCCUAGUGCUGAGGAUAUAAAGAAACUUAACGAUGAACGAGAAGAGAAGAUUAGAAGACAGUUUAAAUUCCCGGGAAUAUUAAGAUGAAUGACUUAUAUUACCUUUUUUUCUUUUCUAUAUACAUGAUGAAUAACAUCAACAUUCUUUUUU